GAUAUUGGAAAAAUAACAACUCGUUUAUCCGGCGUGUUCGGCCGUACGUAGCGCCACAAGCUCUUCUGCUCGUAGCCAUGCCGCUUACUUCGCUCCCACUGGCUACUCCCUCUGCCUAUUUUCCUUCCCCGAGAAGCCUCUGCCUGCCCCACCAGCAGCUUCCUUCUCCACUUUCUUCGAGGAGGUUCAAGGAGACGGGCGUCGCCGCUCCGCUCGAGUUCUCCAGCGCCGCUUCGUUGAGAUGGAGGACGGGCGUCUCCUUCUUCCCCUCGUUCAUCAAGAAGAAGGCUAGGUCACGAGAAGAGAUAAAGGAGGAGCUUCUUGCGGAAAUCGCUCCCAUCGAUCGAGGCGCUGACGCCACUGACGAAGACAAAGAGAGGAUCGAUCUGAUUGCACGUGAGCUUGAAGCAGUAAACGCUAUUAAGGAGCCUCUCAAAUCAGAUUUAUUAAAUGGAAAAUGGGAGCUUAUAUAUACAACUUCUAGAUCAAUAUUGAAAGUCCAGAGACCAAAGCUUCUACGACCCAAUGGAAAGAUCUAUCAAGCAAUAAAUGUCGACACUUUACGAGCCCAAAAUAUGGAGACCUGGCCCUAUUUUAACCAGGUAACAGCUAACUUGAUUCCCUUAAAUGCUAGAAGGGUGAAAGCUCAAUGGGAUACUUUCAAAAUACUAGGAUUGAUUCCAAUAAAAGCCCCCGGAACAAACCGUGGUGAAUUGGACAUUACUUACUUGGAUGAGGAGAUCAGGAUUUCCAGAGGCUACAAGGGGAACUUAUUCAUAUUGAAGAUGGUCGACCGGUCAUAUAGAGUUCCACUUUAAUGUCGAAAAGCUUUCCAGUAUUUCUCCCACAAGAAACUCACUGGCAGACUAUCCUUUCAAACUUAUUGUCAUUGUAACCUCCUUGUAUAUUGUAUAUGAGGAGACAAUAAAAAUUCAAUAGCUUCGAAGCCA